AGCUCGCGGGAGCGCGGAGCCGUCAGCCAAUGGCGGCGCCGGAAGGGCGGGACUUAAGGGAGGCAAUCCAACGAGUCGGGGAGCAGAGCGGAACUUCCGGGGCGGAGCUUCCGGGGGUGCGGAGCGGCGCUGGAGGCCCCGGCGGGAGCCGGAAGGGCGCCGGGAGCUGUGGAAGAGGCCGGGAGAAGAUGGGACUUUGGGAGCGCGGCCCUGCCACGAGCCAGCCCCGCUCCGGGACGGAUCCUGCAGCACCAGGCCUGCGGCGGUGCUGAGCCAUGGGGUACGAUGUGGCGCGAUUCCAGGGGGAUGUGGACGAGGACCUCAUCUGCCCCAUCUGCAGCGGUGUCCUGGAGGAGCCUGUGCAGGCCCCCCACUGCGAGCACGCCUUCUGCAACGCCUGCAUCACGCAGUGGUUCUCGCAGCAGCAGACGUGCCCCGUGGACCGCAGCGUGGUGACGGUGGCUCACCUGCGGCCCGUGCCGCGCAUCAUGCGGAACAUGCUCUCCAAGCUGCAGAUCACCUGUGACAACGCCGUCUUCGGCUGCACGGCCGUCGUGCGCCUCGACAACCUCAUGGCUCACCUCAAUGACUGCGAGCACAACCCCAAGCGCCCUGUGACCUGCGAGCAGGGCUGCGGCUUGGAAAUGCCCAAGGACGAGCUCCCCAACCACAACUGCAUCAAACACUUGCGAUCUGUGGUGCAGCAGCAGCAGACCAGGAUCGCUGAGCUGGAGAAGACCUCAGCUGAGCACAAGCACCAACUGGCUGAGCAGAAGAGGGACAUCCAGCUGCUCAAGGCCUACAUGCGCGCCAUCCGCAGCGUCAACCCCAACCUGCAGAACCUGGAGGAGACCAUCGAGUACAACGAGAUCCUGGAGUGGGUGAACUCCCUGCAGCCGGCGCGGGUGACACGCUGGGGGGGGAUGAUCUCCACGCCGGACGCUGUGCUCCAGGCUGUCAUCAAGCGCUCGCUGGUGGAGAGCGGCUGCCCCCCCUCCAUCACCAACGAGCUCAUCGAGAACGCGCACGAGCGCAACUGGCCCCAGGGCCUGGCCACGCUGGAGACGCGGCAGAUGAACCGGCGCUACUAUGAGAACUACGUGGCCAAGCGCAUCCCCGGCAAGCAGGCGGUGGUGGUGAUGGCCUGCGAGAACCAGCACAUGGGCGAGGACAUGGUCCUCGAGCCAGGGCUCGUCAUGAUCUUCGCUCAUGGCGUGGAGGAGAUCUGAGCCGCUGGCGGAGCCGGCUCCAUCCUCCGUUGCCAUGGGGACGGCCAAUGGACUCCAGCUCCGGCACCACCGCUGGAGCCGGCUCCAUCCUCCGUUGCCAUGGGGACGGCCAAUGGACUCCAGCUCCAGCACCACCGCUGGAGCCGGCUCCAUCCUCCGUUGCCAUGGGGACGGCCAAUGGACUCCUGCUCCGGCACCGCCGCUGGAGCCGGCUCCAUCCUCCGUUGCCAUGGGGACGGCCAAUGGACUCCUGCUCCGGCACCACCGGAUCCGGCUCCUCUCCUCCCUUUGGCUUCCCCCGAGCCUCAACGGCAGCCGAUGGGGGCUCAGCAUCCCCGGCCCCUCGCUCCGUGCAUGCACCCCUGGGGUGGCUCCCGUUCUCUUUGCUCCUCCUGCAGUGCCCGUGGCUCCGGUUUGGCUUUGCCCAUCUCUUGGUUGGCGAUGAUGGGAGC